UUUUGUAUUGAUGGUCACACUGUGUUUUGUGCAUGUCUAUUUCCGUCUUUUGAUUUACCGCAAAUUCGUUCGAUUGUUGCUAUCUUGUAAUGAGCGAGGAGCAAUCAGGCGGUGCCCAAAAUAUCCCUGAAUACUGUCAUUACUUCAAGACUUUGCUGGUAGAGGAACUAGUCCUGGAAUCGGACUACCGAAAGCUGCAUUACGGCCAGUGCUCAGUAAUUGGUCGACUGCGGGUGGCGGAGCACUUUCGGCUGGAGAACGUAUGUGUGCGAAGCCUGCCACAGGACUGCUGCCUGCCUGAGGGCGCGCUAUCCCUGCUUCUGCUGGGCCUUACCUACGACAAGGCCACCAAGCAGCGAGUGAGCAACGGGUGCUACUGCAUUUUACGCGGUGAAGUGGUUCUGUGCAAUGUCUUGCGGCCCAAAAGUCCCACAUUGACCGCGCGGGGCAUUCACGAGCAGUUAGCCAGCCUUGGCCAAGAUUCACUUGCUCAGCAAAAGCUUCUCAGUGACCUGAAACUCACCCACAAGCCGGCAAUCGCUGUGUGGUUCGCUCAGAAGAUCGAUGCAACGGAUGAGUUGUUGAGUCACCGCCUGGAGAUUAGGAGUCUAGUACAUGAGAGAUGA